GCCAAUAAACCAAAGAAGAAGAAAAGCCAACACAUUUGGUGACGUUACAUUCGGUACGUGCCGUAAUCGCAGAGCAAUAUGGAUAGUUAACACAGGUAGCUGUGUUCACGAUGUGUGUUAUUUACUGAACAUUGCCUGGACCUUUGGAGAGUCCUGCUCGGUUCUUACUUAGCCGCUGGUAGGUCAGAAAUGGCACAUUUCAUUCAUUAUAGCUAAUGCUAGUUUAGAGCUAAUGCUAGUCGAGGGGUUGUCAAAUAUGCUCACCUGAGCAAAACCCAUUCGGCUACGUUAACCGUUACAUACGUGCAAUACACUAAACACUGAAUUGUAGUGUUGUUUUUUUAGUUGUUUUUUAUAAGCAAAGCAUACGCUCGUAAGGAAGCUAUUUUACAGUGUAGUUAUUUCAAACGGUCAUGGACUAUGAACACAAGGCAAAGGAGGUGGGCGAGUGUUUGCAGAGCUACAGGGACGAUGCAUCUGGGUGGAAGGUCUGCAAGAAAUCGGACACGGAACUGGCGAGAACAACAAGAAGAGACGCUUUGUCCCCCCCACCCCGUUUCUUUGCAAGGAACUUGAGACGUUCUUCAUCUAAACGGCAUCCUAAUGACAGCAGACUUUAUACAAAUGACACAGUUGUCUCAUGGCGUCCUUCCUCUGAAUUCCCAGGGAAUGUUUAUAAAGGGGAGGGUGUCAUAAAUGGCAGCCUGGAGAAAGUAUGGGACUGUCUGAAACCGGUACCGAAAGGACGCAGAGUCAACUGGGACAAUAAUGUGAAAAAGUUUGACCUUUUGGAACAAGUCACUGAGGACAUAUCCAUCUGCCGAACUGUCACGCCCUCAGCUGCUAUGGGUAUCAUAUCUCCACGAGACUUUGUAGAUGUUAUUUUAAUUAGGCAACACGAAGAUGGCGCCAUUUCAUCAAAUGCCACUAAUGUGAGUCACCAGGGCUGCCCUCCUCAGUCUGGUUACGUGAGGGGAUUCAACCAUCCUUGUGGCUGCAUUUGUGUCCCCAUAUCAGCUGAACCCAACAAAACCCAGGUGUACACUUUCUUCCAGACAGACCUUGGUGGCUUACUCCCUCGGUCUGUGGUAGACUCCUUCUUCCCCUCCAGCAUGACAGAGUUCUACACCAAUUUGACCAAAACUGUUAAAUCUCUCAAGGACGUCUGAAUUAAAAAAUAUGAUCUCA